CAGUCGUUCAUUUUUCCACGUUUUCCUAAGAGUGAGAAGGAAAGCUUGUUUAUUCAUGACGUUCUGAUGCAAAAUUUCAUCUUCAUGGACUUGUCCACUGAAGAGUGCGACCAAUUUGUCGACGCGAUGCAGAAAGAAGUUGUUGGACCGGGAACUCCCAUAAUCACGCAGGGUGCUAUUGGUGACUAUUUCUACAUCAUUGAAAGUGGAAUGGUCUUGUACAUGGACGAAACGAAAGAUUCGGGCAAACAAGUCGUCGGAAAGGCAUAUAGCGGCAGUUCUUUUGGGGAAUUGGCAUUAUUAUACGACUGUCCUCGAGCUGUAUCAUGUGUGGCAGGCCCCGACACUCAAGUUGUUCUCUGGAAAGUAGACCAGAAUACCUUUCGCCAUUUAGUAGCUCGCCAAACACACGAUCAUGAGCAGGAGAUGAAGGAUCUCGUCCGGAAAAUUGACAUUUUCAAAAAUCUUGAAGACCAUGCCAUCACGAAGUUUACCAAUGCUAUGACUCCUGUCCACUGGGAAGAAGGGGCAAGAAUUGUUCAAAAAGGGGACGAAGGAAAUGUUUUUUACAUCAUAGAGUCCGGAAACGUGAAAAUCCAUGACAUAGGAUUGGGUGAUAGCCAAUUCGAAGAUCAAAUCGUGGGACCAGGUGGCUGGUUUGGAGAAAGGGCCCUACUUACUGGCGAACACCGGGCUGCGAAUGUGACGGCAAUGAGCAAGGUGACCACCCUCGCAAUGGACCGAGAGACAUUUGAGGCGACUGUCGGUCCCCUUAAGAAUUUUCUGGAA